AUGGACGACACUGGGGGCUCUGAGCUCUGCUUCCCCAACCUCAACUCCUCCUGCAGGCGUCUGAUACGACCACGCUCUGAGACUGUUCUACUCUACACUCUGCUUACAUCUGUCUCUCUGCUCACUGUGACACUCAAUUUGCUCGUCAUCAUCUCUAUCUCUCACUUCUGGCAGCUCCACACACCAACUAACAUUCUUCUCAGGUCUCUGGCUGUGUGUGACUUGGGACUGGGGCUGGUGGUGAUGCCUGUGGAAGGCAUUCGCUAUAUUGAAACAUGCUGGUUGCUGGGGAGGAUAAUGUGUGCUCUGUCUCCUUAUGUUUUUUAUUGUUUCAUCUCAAGCUCUUUGGGCCACAUGGUGCUCAUAUCUAUAGAUCGUUAUCUGGCUAUCUGUGACCCACUGAUCUACUCCUCUAGGGUCACAAUGACAAAUGUUAAAAUCUGUAUCUGUCUCUGUUGGACCUGUUCAGUUACUUACAACGGGUUAAUUCUAAUGGACCACAUAGGGCAGCCUGACAGAUUCAGUUCCUGUCAUGGAGAGUGUGUGGUGGUUGUCAACCAGAUUUCAGGAACUAUUGACAUGUUCAUGACCUUUAUUGGGCCUUGUACUGUCAUGGCUGUGCUGUAUAUCAGGGUGUUUGUGGCUGCCCUUUCUCAGAUGCGUGUAAUUCAGUCACAGGCUGCUGCUACCAAGGCCAGGGCAGCUCCAACUGCUAGGAAAUCACAGCCCAAGGCAGCCAGGACUCUGGGGAUUCUGAUAGUUGUGUUUCUGAUGUGUUACUGUCCAUACUACUAUCCCAUACUUGCAGGUGAAAACACCUCCACUAGCUUACCUUAUUUUGUCAUAUUGUUGUGGAUAAUGUUAGUCAACUCUUGUCUAAACCCUCUGAUUUAUGCCAUUUUCUACCCCUGGUUUAGAAAAGCUAUCAAACUCAUCAUCACACUCAGAAUACUGCAGGAUAACUCCCGGGAGGUCAAGAUCCUGUAGACAGGGCUGGAAGUAUCAGUUAAUGGUUAUUUUACACUGUUUUAGAAACACUGUGUCACCUCUGAGCAGACUGUUCUGCUACAG